AUGGUAGCCCAAGUUGCCGGUCUUGUUCAUGCCCUUGCCGAAGCCCUUGAUCUGCUCAAUGUUGUUGAUCUCGAAGACCCUGUCGUUGCCGGGGCCUUGGGAUUCAAGGAGCAGAGUGACGAGGACGGCCCAUUGGGAGUGGGUGUGGAUGCAGCAGCCGGCGCCGCGGCGGGUGAAGGCGGCGAGGAAGAGAGGGGUGCACUGGGAAGGCUUGUAGAUUGGGGGCGACCGGAUGUAGGUGCGCUGCUUGAAUGUGGGCUCCUGGGCGGCGAGGGAGAGGACGUAGAUGUCGGCGGGCUUCAUGAGCUCCUUCUGGACGCCCGAGGGGGCGAGAUAGACAAGGCUCCGGACAAAGCAAACGGCAUUUCUGGAGAUGAUGUCGUUGCGAGCAUGCACGAGGGAGGUGGGAGGGACCUACUCGUCUCGAAUGGAGCAGCCCCCUCCUGUGCCAGUGACCCAGCCCAGUGUCCAGAAUUUGGCGCAGAGCGAUGGGAUGAGGUUGGCGGGAUGGUUUGGGUCGUCCGAGACGACCAGCUGGUCGGGAUUCUCAAUCUUGUCGGCAGCCAUUAUGCGAUUGCUCGUCGAGGGACUGGUCUGGCAGUUUCUUUGAGAAAUCACCCCGUUCCGACAGUCUCAAUGCACGUAUUGGAAGAGUUGGGCGCGUUUUAG